AUGGAUAAGAAGUCACGGACUACGAAGUAUCUGAAUCAGAAAUCUUCUACUCCCACGUAUACACGUCAACAUCAGCCAAUGCAAACAAGAGAGAGCAAAACCACUGGACAAGGUGUGAUGAAACGAACGAAACGAAAAUAUCGUUGUCGGGUUCGAAGUCCAGAAACUAUCCGACGAACGAAACAAAUUCGCCGAAGUAAAGCGAAUGCUCGCGAACGUCGUCGGAUGCAUAAUUUAAACGAAGCACUGGAAAAGUUACGACGUACAUUACCACAACUUCCAGAUGAACCAAAGCUGACUAAAAUAGAAACUCUUCGAAUGGCCAACAAUUAUAUUUAUGCCCUAAGGCAAAUCCUUAGUAGUGGUCAAGAAGAGGAAGAUAAAGCAGUGGCUACAACUCACCAUGGGCGGUCACUCUAUGUUUCAGUGGACAACAAGCUAAGUGCAGUGGCACGUUGA